UAGUUGAACAAGGCAAAUGACUACAUAGAUCACAGUCUAUAAAAGGGCUGGUGUUGGUUUAGAAAAACAUAAGCUAGAAUGACAGAUAUUAAACUACAUGGAUUUUGGUAUAGUCCUUUUACUUUAAGGGUAGUAUGGACCCUAAAUCUGAAGGGUAUACCAUAUGAGAACAUAGAGGAAGAUCGUUUCAACAAGAGUCCUCAACUUCUUGAAUAUAACCCAAUUCACAAAAAGACUCCUGUGCUAGUUCAUGAUGGAAAACCUAUAUGUGAGUCCAUGAUCAUUGUUGAAUACAUUGAUGAGAUAUGGCCACAGAGCUCAUUGCUUCCUGUUGAUCCUUAUGACAGAGCUCAAGCUCGAUUUUGGGUUAAAUAUGUUGAUGAAUUGAUUUUAGCUAUUAGGGUACACUUUCGUAGCAAAAGUGGUGAAGAGCGGGAGAAGGCCAGAGAGAAUAUAUGGGAGCGACUCGGAGUUGUUGAGGAUCAGUGUUUGGAUGAUCAGAAGAAAUUCUAUGGGGGAGAUACCAUUAAUAUUGUAGACAUAGCUCUUGGAUCUUUUGUUAAUUUUAUUAAGGUUCAGGAUAGGUUAGAAGUGAAGAUCUUGCAAACUGAGAGGUUUCCCCGCUUGCAUUUAUGGUUUAAUAAUUUCAAGGAUGUUCCGAUCAUCCACGAAAACACCCCUGACCAAGAGAAGUGGGAAGCUUUUCUUAUUGAAAAAAACAAGGCAUCUUCUUGAGAAAAUUAUGGCGUCUAUGAAUUGAUACACAAAGCAUUUGUAUCUUCAUAGGUCAUCUUAUCAUGUGUAUUGUAUUUCUUUAUGCUAAUAAAGCUACUUUACGUUGUCUUUGUA